CCUGACUGAUUCACAACGCUCUGACAGUUCUGGCUUUGACACUGACAGCAGUGCUCUACGAGUCAACCAACCAAUUGCAAUAGCUAUGUAAUCUUGUGAAUAAUAUUGAAAAAUGUGAUGUCUUCUCGGGAAACAAGUGUUGCUUUUUUUAUAUUAGCUGCCAAGUACACAGUAUGGGGUUACUUUGCGUGGCGAAUUAUUAACAAUUCGUUAAACCAUUUUCCUAAAAGGUCGACCUCCCCCGAUACCAAUGAAUAGAUGUUGCUGCUGUCAAGGACAAAAUGGGCAGUGUAAAUUUGUGAAAAGUUAAAAACUCUGAAAAAGGAUUUGGAAUAAAGUGUCGUCUUAUCACAGAGAGUUGAUUUUCGUAACGUUAUGAUCUUGCUGAGAGUUCCUCAGUUUGUGAGUUAAUUGCUGAAUAACACUAUUGAGUUGAACAAAUAAUAAAUGGGCAGUUUCAUUAAAAUACAUUGCAAGAAGUUUGACAUUUGGAAACUCUCUUGCAUGCAAAGUGGUUUGAAUAACUAUUUAAAUCAAUUAAUACAAUAUUGCACUUGAUUCCAAUAAAUUCAAUGCUCCCUUUAUGAGUUAAUCUGCUCUUAAGUAGGAAACCAACAUUUUUACGUGAUAUUUGUUAUGUGAAUUUUAUUGAGGUUAUAUUUAUAUUUAGGACCUUGGCAACAAUCUACGCAGUAUGUGCGAGUUUCUUUGUUCGGAGCCUCUUGGAUAUACCUAUGUAAUGAUAAAGUGAGAUGCUAAAUAAGUAAUGUAGCAGAAUCUCACAAAAAUUAAAACUAUGUAUGGAAACGUAGAAUUAGAAACGGUGUCUGAAGUACACUUUCGCCGAUUGCUCGGCACAACGAUAGACCCAAACAUCAGUUUGGCUAUGGACGAAGAAGAUCACUUUUGCAAAUUGAUUUUGUACAAAGAAAUUGCUGAUUCUAGGGUAAGGAUAUGGGACAUUGUGAUACUCAUCCCAAAUUUGUUGUUUCUUAUAUUCAUCGCCGCAAGGUUUAACAGAGCAAGACUUAAGUUACGUGCAACCAGCAGUCCAAUAUUGUUAGCAUUCUAUGGUCUUGUUGUAAGUAAUGUCUUAAUCUCACUAAUACGCUGUGUUGUAUCCAUGACUGUAAAUGCAGCAGCAACUGUCGGGGGCUUAGCUGAUAAGAUUUUAUGGGUUACGGUCAGAUUCUUCUUACUCUCUACUGAAAUGAGUGUGAUCAUAUUUGGCCUGUUUUUUGGGCACUUGGACAGUCAAUCAAGUAUUCGUAGAGUCUUAUUGGCUACAUCAUUCAUAGCAUUAGCAUUCACAAUAACGCAAGGAACUCUGGAGUUGGCUUUACCUGACGAUACGUUUGAAAUACCCAGUCGAAAUUUCUAUCUCUUUGGUCAUGGGGGGAUGAUGUUUUGGUUCUGCAGCAGUCUCGUUUUUACCACGAUAUAUCUCUUCAUAUUAAUACUGCCAUGGACGAGAUUAAGAGCAAGACUCGCUUUGCCAACUCGAAAAAGUUUUUACAUAUAUGCUGGAACUUUAGCCUUUGUCGAUUUAACACAAUCGAUAGGAGCCGGUCUACUUAACUAUACUCGCAAUCCUGCUGGGUUAUGCAUAGUGGAUCUCACAGCUGUCUUGUACUUGACUCUAUUUACACCGCUAGUUUAUCACACAUUCCUAUCGGAGUUCUUUGGUGUAUCCCAGCCAUCCAUAAUGUUUUCUUACAAGGCUCAAGUGGACGAUGCUAUGGACGAAGACACAGUGUCCCUGCCUCACCAGCAGAGUUUUUCAUCACUGAGAACUGAUAGUGAUUACAUAUAUCAGAACAACAGCGUUUAUGAUUCCACCCAAUUUGACACUGGUACAACCCCGGUGAACCCAUUGUAUGCAGCAUCUCUACAGAGUCCAGACAGCAUAACAGGCUACAGUAUAGAUAGUCAAGAUGCUCACAACCAGCCCAACGGCUAUCAACAAUAGAAGUAGGCUCCAUAACAUAUGCACUGAAUUGAAGAAUUUUGAUGCAGUCUUCACUGUAAAUGCUUAUGGUAUGUCGUUUUGGCGACUGCAGUAAAUAUAUGUGUAAUGAAAGGGUGUUGGAUAUCAAUGCAGAUUUGUAACAAGUUUCAUUCUCGUUCUCAUUGUUGUUGACUCAAAAUUGGAUAUUCCGUAUCAUGUGUAUAUUGCCGCUAAAUGUGUUGAUUGCAUUUUAUAUGGAAGCGUGUUCAUGAUAUUAUCUAGUACAGAUUUUUUAGAUCUAACACUCAAAUUUGCCACAAUAUUUAAUUCUCGUUUAUCCAUUGCAUAUCCACCAUCAACUAUUGGGUAUCACGCCAUAGCUGUCGUGUAUAUGUAUAUGCUUGGCAAGUAUUUCAUUGAGCUCCGAUACUUUUUUCAAUGGUUCUAGUCGGUGAUAAAGUUAGGAGUCAAAAAAUGACUCAUGAUUAUAUUUUGCUAGUUAAUGACAUCGGUACAUUCUGGCUUCUUACCUUCUUGGUCAAAAAACAUUUUAUACCUAUUUGGUUCAAUUGAUAAAGGCUCCGCAAGGAAUCAUUUACACUUUGUGUCAAUUAUGUGUCAAUUCCUAUUGAAAAAACCUUUCUGAUUCGUGUUUUAAUUCUGAAUCUAAUCAAUUUCCUUGAACGAGUCGAUCUACAAAUUCAAAUCAGUCUCAGAGUUGUGACGUGAAAAGCCACCAAUGACAAGGAAGUGAUUUUAUUAAUUGAAGUCAAUUAUUUGAUGAAUUGUAUCAACAGAAGAUCUCAGAAAAUCCAUCUGCUGACGAAGCCCAGUCACAAUAUUCGUAAGUCUAUACGAAUAAUUAAUUGGUAGAUAAAUUAUACAGAAAUUUAUUUCGUGUGCAGGAAGAGAAUAGAAUUUUAUUUUGUUCAGUAAUUAUUGGGAAAAAAUGCUCAUUAUUUGCAGAUACAAUCUAUCUCAAAAUACUAUAACAUUUUGACACAGUAACUUGAGAAAACAGCGAUAAUAUUCAUAAAACUCAAACCUAAGGUCAGUAAUUUAAGCAUUUAUCAAAAAUUACGUGUACGUAUCAAUCUAUGGUCUUAUUGAUAUCUAGUACUUGAAUUCAUGUUAUGAUUAUAUUAAACCACUAAUUAGCCGUUUGUCAAGUACAGAUUUAUCAACUUAUUAUGUUUAACUCAUGUACGUACGUACACAAUUCAUAGCUGUACGACGAAUAUAAUUUAUAGGUAGGUACACUACGCAAUCAUGCAACAAAUACGUUGUAUUGCAUGCAUAGUACACAGCUACGCGUGGCAAAAGAAAGCCACUGCCACUUAUAUACUUCGAUGGUUAAUAAUUUUAGUUACAUUGAAAUCAAUUUUAAACUUUGAUCUUCCUUCCACACGCUAUUUUCCUACUUUUGCAACUCAACCCAGAUAUUGACUAUAAUCGGUUACAAAUUUAGGAUAGAGUAAAGAAUGGAAUACAUCAAAUCAUACGAUGACACACGUAAUUUAAUUUCAAUAAAGUUCUUUGAUGUAUUGAAACUCUACUAAAAUAAAUCCAUCCAUGCUGUACAUAAAACAAAUAAUAUACAUAUACGACAUAACACAUAAAUAACAAGAUACUUUAGUUGGAAUUCUUCAUAUUGAUAACAAUACGAACAUACAUAUAUAAUACUCGUAUAUACAUAGCAUAAAAAAGUUUGAUGCGAUAAUGAAAUCAUGUUUCGAUUGUGCACUUAAAUUCCAAUGGAUCAUUCUCACCUGCCACGAAUUCCUAAAAUUAUCUGUUGUCACAUUAUCCAGAGUAUGUAUUUUAUAAUUAUGUAUUCAAAUCCUCGCAUAUGCAUUGUCGGUCUACAAACUACAGUAAAAACGAUGGAAUUGUUUGUUAUCAAAGCACUGGACUGUUGAACAUAAGUAUUUAGACCUACUUUAUAGAUGCGCGUUAUUGUAGUAAACGAUUCUACUUACUUAGAGGUGUGAAAGAAAAAAAAAAAAAAGAGAAAAAUGGUUUGCCUAGUUUUACUGCAACUUUAACCGCGAUCCGAUGCUUUCAAAGAAUGUUUGUACAGUCACAGAACUUUGAAAUCAAUUCGAAAAUGGCCAAAAUAUGUAAUUCAUGCAUAAACAACACAUAUGCGGUGUGCCAAUUAUUCUUUAUACACGUACAUUUAUAUUUCAUGUGGGAGUCUUCUUAUGUCAGAACCAUCGCUAUGAUGUGAAAAAUGACGAAGGCUAUAGUGAAGUUAACAGAGUAACAGCUGUAGUUACCAUCUCAGUUAUUGACAAAAAGAAAUGAUUUAAUAUAAAAUCAUCUAAAAAUAAAGUAUGCGAUUUUGAAAGA